ACCUGGGAGCCGAGGGCAGCAGGAAGUUCAGGCUGGGCCGUCCCAAUGCAGCCCCUGGCCAUGCUUCCUCUGCAGCUCCUGCUGCUGCUGCUGGGCAGGGAGGGUGGGCACACGUGCCAAGGCCCAGAACUGGACCGGGAGCUGGUGCUGGCCAAGGUCAGGACCCUGGUGCUGGAUGCUCUGGGCCCCCCCACCGCCUCCAAGGAGGGGGGGCAGCCUGUGGCCCGGCGCCUGCCCCGCAGAAAUGCCCAUCCAGGGGGCCCCCGCGGCAGAAGCAGGGAAAGUGAAGAGGACCUCUCACAGGUCAUCCUCUUCCCAACCACAGGUCCUGACUGUGAGCACGGAGCCGGAGAGGCCGAGGGCCUGUUCACCUACAGCUUCCGGCCCUCCCUGCACACGCGCAGCCGCCAGGUGACGGCCGCCCAACUGUGGUUCCACACGGGCCUCCCCAGGGCGGGUGCCGAAGGGCACAACACCUCGGGCCCCGCUGUGACGCUGCUGGCCAUGUCUUCGGGGGGCCCCGUGGCGGUGCCCACAUUGCUGGGCCCGGCCCCUUCUCGCUGGGCCGUGCUGCAUCUGGCAGCCCCAGCCCUGCCGCUGCUGACCCGUCCCCUCCUGGUGCUGCUGCUUCGGUGCCCCCACUGCCCCUGCCUGGCCCGGCUGGAUGCCACCCCCUUCCUGGUGGCCCACACCAGAGCCCGCGCAGCCAGUGUGGGGGAGAGGGCCCGUCGCUCUCCUCUGCCGCCCCCCUGGCCCUGGACCCCGGCCGCCCUGCGCUUGCUGCAGCGUCCCUCCGAAGAUGCAGCUGCCCAUGCAGACUGCCACCGGGCUGCCCUCAACAUCUCCUUCCGGGAGCUUGGCUGGGACCAGUGGAUUGUUCACCCGCCCAGCUUCCUCUUCCAUUACUGCCAUGGGGGCUGUGGGCUGGUGCCCUCCCCGGCCCUGCCUCCUGGGGCCCCCCUCACCCCUCCUCAGCCCCUGCCCCCAGGCCCAGGGUCCCGGCCCUGCUGUGCUGCUCUGCCCAGCACCAUGAGACCCCUGCGGGUCCGCACCACCUUGGAUGGAGGCUAUUCUUUCAAAUACGAGAUGGUGCCCAACCUCCUCACUCAGCACUGCGCCUGUAUAUAGGGAGGACCACCCCCUCCUGGGGCAAAACCAAAACCAGAUAACCAGAGAGGAUCCCGGGGCAAAGGAGGAAGUCCCAGCCCCUAACCCUCCUCUCCUCUGCUGGGUGCUUCCUGUCCAAGGUCACCCUCAACGAUUGUAAAUAGAUUAAUAAACAGUUCAGCAUAACUGACCGGAGAUAAUGGCCCAGAGAGUGACCCUCCCUGUCCCCAGAGGUAUGUGGGGAAGAACUGGAGCAUAAAAUUCCAGGGAUGGCAUUUGGAAAUCUGACUUGUGAAUCCCCAAAUCGGGAAGCGCUCGUUAUGGUGGCAGAGAGCAGAACAGAAAGCACUUUGCUCAUAGGUCUGCCAGAAAGAUGUACCAGUGGGCCUCCUGUGGUCACCUAGGUGACAGAUAGCAUCAGCAUCACCCCCCCCCCUUUUUGCCCCACGCGGUCCCCAGAUCUCAGGACUGUGGGGUCUCUGUGGCAGAGAACUUCCUGUUCACAUAUUCUUGGGACCUUCUGAGCACCUUCCCAUUCAGGCUCUGCCUUAGAACAUGUAUUUUUGAGAAUUUUAGCUGACCUCACUUAGCCACCAAGAGAAGAUACCCAAGGUAGAAAUUAGCUGGUGAGUGAAGGCUGUGGAUUCCCGCCAAGGCCUUUCCUCAUCCCACUGACCCCCAACAAAGGAGGCCCUUCUGCCUCUCUGUCUUUGCCUUGAUGUAUGGACCUUGGCUCUGGGGAUGUGAGAGAGACCCAGAAGUUCAUGGGCGCCUCCUCUCAAAGCCUCCAAAGCCUUUCUUUACCCCACUGACCCUCCAAUAAAAGAAGUCCUUCUGCCUCUC